CUCCUGUAGGGACUGAAAACCAAGUGAGGAGAUGAAGGAUUGCACCGUACUACACCAGAGAAUACAGAGAGGAUAGACACCACAGAUAGAUCCUGACCAUUACCCAAGGAACAACUGCACAACUGUGGGAAGAUAUCCAGUCCCUUCACAACAUUGCUCAACACAGAGAGGGUCGGGCAGUGAAACCAUCAUCUGGAAAUCAUUUGGGUCAGGGGAGCUUUGACAUAUCAUCAGAUCUGAAACUGGUCAGUGGUGUGGAACUUUCCAUCAUAACCAACCUUUCUGAAGGUUCAGCUGUGGGCGAUCAGUCAGGGUGAGGCUGGGAAGAAGUGUGAGUGGCUCCAAGUCUGGUGAGAGCUUCAAUCAUUCAUCGAGCCUCAUGAACCACUGACUCAUUCUUACGGGCUAGAGGCCAUUCAACUGUGAGGUGGACUACACAGGCUUAUAAGAUCUCCUAACACAUAAGGUGCAUCUGUUGUCCCACCUGUAACAUAAGGACAGCCACAUGGAAGAGAAAUCAUUCAAGUGUAACCUGUGCGUUCAAGCAGGGUCAUCGACGCUUGUCAAACAUCGAUGCAUUCACCCUGGGGAGAAGCCAUUUAAGUGUGAGGUGUGUAACAAGGGCUUUGCAGAAUCAUAUGCCCUGCUGACACACUGGCGUGUUCACACUGGGGAAAAGCCAUUCACGUGUGAGGUGUGCAACAAAUCAUUCUCACAGUCAUCGGCGCUCCGGGUACAUCAUCGCAUUCACACAGGGGAGAGACCAUUCACGUGCAAGGUAUGUGACAAAUCAUUCUCACAGUCAUCGAACCUCCGCAAGCACCAACAAAUUCAUGCAGAUGAGAAACCAUUCAAGUGCGAAAUGUGCAAGAAAUCAUUUUCACGGUCAUCAAACCUCCGCGUACACCAACGCAUUCACACAGGGAACAAACCAUUCACAUGCGAGGCGUGCGGAAAAUCAUUCUUUUGGUCAUCAGAUCUCCGUACACACCAACGCAUUCACACAGGGGAGAGACCAUUCACAUGCAAGAUAUGUGAGAAAUCAUUCUCACAGUCAUCGACCCUCCAUCUUCAUCAACGCAUUCACACAGGGGAAAAACCAUUCACGUGUAGGAUGUGUGACAAGUCAUUUUCGCAGUUAACGAACCUCCGUGUACACCAACGUAUUCACACAGGGGAGAAGCCAUUCACUUGCAAGGUGUGUGACAAAUCGUUCUCCUGCUCAUCGACCCUCCGACUACACCAACAAAUUCACACAGGGGAGAAGCUAUUCAUGUGUGAGGUGUGUGACAAAUCAUUCUCGUGCUCUUCGAACCUCUGCGUACACCAACGCAUUCACACUGGAGAGAAGCCAUUCAAGUGUGAGGUGUGUGACAAAUCAUUCUCAAGGUCAUCGUACCUCCUGCUCCAUCAGAGGAUCCACACUGGGGAGUAACCCUUCAGUGUGAAGUUUGCGAAAAGCUUUCACGGUGUCUUUGACCCUCGUAGGACAUCAGAGGAUUCACAUGGUGGAGAAACCCUAUUGGUGUGAGUUCUGUUACAAAGCCUUCACACAGUUAUCAGACUUCCUGGAUCAUCAAGGAAUCGACACAGGAGACAAACCCUUCCAGUGUGUCUUGUGCCAGGGUUGUCUCAUCUACUGCUCCUCUCUUAAGAUACACCGUCUCCACAAGGACCUGGAGCUGGGUCACCUGCUUCCGAUACACUGAUAGUUGUCUGUGCUGUUUAUCCUCCAGUGCUUACACAGGGGAGCUAUCGUUCCAAAGCACUGUCUGUCUCAAACCUCUCCCACCAUCAGUCCUUUCAUUUUAAGAAGGCCAAGUUAACCUUUGACCAGAUUGCCAAACAUCACCAAAUGAAGACAUCAAUAUGCAUAGAAACUCCUGCUUAUGCACAGAUAUCACUGUGUCUCUGGGAGGAUUUCCUCAGCCACAGGAAAUAGGUGAUUCAGGAGAAUGUGUGUCAUGAUUGUCCCUGCUCUGGACAAGAGGGAAAUACGUCAAUAGUUUCUGCAGUGUGACUUAUCUCCUUUCUUGAAGAUAGUUACAAUUGUCACAUUCCUGUAGUCGGGGGGGUUCUUUUGCCUCCCAAAUCUGCAUGGUGAGUUCGUGGAGUCUUGAUGUGAACAGAAGCCCACCAGCUUUGAAGACCUCAGCUGGAAUACCAUCGGGGCCACAGGCUUUGUUGUUUUUCAUCUGUUUGAUUGUUUGUUGCAGCUCUCCCAUGGAUGGUGACUUACCCAUGGAUUCUACCACAAGCACUGGGGGAUAGACUGGAAGGUAUCAGCUGUCACUGUGGAUUCAUGGUUGACGAGUUGUUCAAAAUGUUCUUUCCAGCGUUAACAGGUGGCAUUGUCAUCCUUAAGAAGAGAAACAUCGUCUUGUGAAUGAAGGGGAUUUUGUCCAUAGAUGGCCAUAGUGACUUCAAAGGAGAUUCACGUGUCCUGAUAAUCAGCAUAUUGUUGGAUCUCUCAGGCUCCUUCUUCCCACCACAUGUCCCUUAUCAUCCCGAUUUGCCUUUGGGCAUCAGCCUUGAGCUGUUGAAAUGCUGCUUUCUUGAGUUGUGACCUUGGGUUGUUCUGCCAGGCAAUGAGGGUUGAUCGUUUUUGUUCCAGGUCACAUAUUUGAGCGUCAUGUUCGUCGAGCCAGUCCUGGUGAUGACGAUGCUCAAACCCAAUGGUCUGGACACAGGAGUUUAGUACAGCUGACUUUAUUUGAUCCCACUGUUCAGGAAUUAAGUUGGAUGUGUGAAGAUUUUCCAGAUUGGUUGUGAGCUGCACCUGGAAUUCCUCUCUUAGAUCAGGCUGUUUGAGGGCUGAGACAUUGAAUUUUUUCCUCUUGGACUUUUGGGCCUUGUGAUGUCUUGGUGCUGGGUGGAUGUCCAUCACCAAUCGAACAAGUCGAUGAUCUGUCCAACAGGUAUCAGUCCCCCACAUGGAUUGAGUGAUACAGGCAUCACUUAGAACUUUGACUUGGCUUUAGACCUUCCAGAGGAACCUCCGACAUGGUCUUUGUUCCCAGAGAAAUCCAAGAAAAAUGUCGAGACUCUACCAGGAACUCUUCAUUACAUCAUCGAUAUGCAGAGCCCGAUCCAGGUGAUGCACAGCUCACAACCCUGGCCAGGCCUAAUCCACCGUAUUCCUUAUAUUUCCACCUCUGUUGCUGACUACCCAACUCUCUUUUUACCUCCGCUGUUUCUAGCUUUCCACCAUUUGGAAAGUUCUUUUCCAUCUUAAAAGCAAAAAUACUGCAGAUACUGUCCUACUUCUCUUCAGCCCUGAAGAAGGGUCAAAUGGACUCGAAAUGUUAACUCUUGUUUCUCUCUCCACAGAUGCUGUCAGACCUGCUAAGUUUUUCCAGUAUUUUCUGUUUUUAUUCCUAUUCUAUCUUCUCUGUCUCCUGCCGUUCAGUCAAUUUCCUAACCAGCUCAAUAAUUUGUUGUCAGUUCCAUGAGCUUCAACUUCAGUUAACUUUCUCUUUUCAGGGAAUUUAUCAAAUGCCUUCCAGAAAUCCAUAUAAAUAAAGUCCAUGCACAUUCCCCUGUUCAUACUUUAGCCAUCUCCUCAAAAUCUUCAAUCAGCUUCACCAGGAAUGACAAAUCCAUGCAAUUCUCUGUGAUCAGCUCAACAUUUUCAGGAUGUACAGUUAUCCCAAAAAAACCAUAGACUCUUGUGACUUCCUGAUGUCAGAUGCGAGGAUAACAGGUCUAUAAUUCUCUUGUUUCCCUUCCUCACCUUUCUUAAAUAGUAUAGAGAAAUGUUAUCUUCCAACCUAAAGAAAUGGUUCCUGAAUCAAGAGAACUUUGAAGGAUUCUCGUUAGGGAUCUGCAAUAAUUGUGAUGGAGAAUCCAAAUGGCGCUGUUCUGUGCCCUCAUUGAACAGCAGUAGAUGGGGAAUGAGCUGGAAGGAGGGGAAAACAUUGAAACAUUGAAAUCAGCCAUAAUCAUGUUGAAUGGUGGAGCAGGCUCGACGGGCCAAAUGGUCUUCUGCUCCUAUUUUACAAUCUACCUGACAGAGACUAUUCACCUCAUCAAAGAUCAACUGUCCUCUGGUGUCAAUAUUAAAUACUGUCUGGAUGGGAAACUGAUUUACCUCGGUCGUCCCCCUUGCCAAAACUAAACUGACCACCAGACGUACACAUCAUCUACAGUUUGCAGAUGACUGCAGUGUCAAUACCCACUCUGUAACAGAUUUGCUUGCUACAUUUACACACAGAUUUUAAAGAAACUUCUGUGUGUAGUAUUCUGAAUUUUCACUGAUGUGUGUGUGUGUGAUAGUAAAGUGAGUCAGCUCUCAGGAGUGGCUAUGGGGUAGAAUCGGAUCCUGCUUUAGUUGGUGAUGUGAAUUAUACUCUUCAGGUGAUGGGUGUUUGACUAAUACCAUGGGGAAUGUUUGUACUCUCCUGUCUGGGAGGAUUACUAUUCUUGAGUAUGGUGAGGGAGUGGGGAUGAGUCUCUACAGAUCUGAGUUCCCUCAACCCAUCGUACUUCGAUGUAAUAACGGUGUGAUAUGUUCACCUUACACUUUCCCAAGAUUCAUUACAUGAUCUGGGAAAGAUCUCGAUUAUUUUCAAAUGCUUUGUUAUUUUGGUUGAUUCAAUGUUUACUGUAAACUGAAUAUUGUGUUGUUUACUGUUUACUGUUUUACCAAUCUUCUGUAUAACUUUAUAACUAACAAUAAAUUCAUUUUUUAGCUUCACUCAAACUACCUGAUUUGUCAGCAUGGUGUGUUCCUAUUCACUGAAACACUCAGGAGUCUACAGUAAGAGUUCUAUGCAUAAUAUAUUGGUCAAUGUCACUGUGGGGUGCUAUACCUUCUCCAUCACUGGGUUUAUAAUUUCCAGUUCACAGGAAGCAUAACAUUUUCCUAAGAAAGAAAGAAAGACUUUUAAAAAUGUGUUCAUUCAUGGGGAUGUGGCAUCGCUGGUCAGGCCAGCAUUUAUUUCUGUACUGGGUGGGGGGAACUUCAAUGUCCAUUACCAAAAGUGGCUCUGUUAGGAAACAGAAAUAGUUUAAGCUAUAUUGGUAUUUGUAAGUGUUAGGAAUGAGUUUUAGCUUUAAAGUUUAAGUUUGACUUGUAUUUCUGCCUGUGUGUUAAGAAAGGUCAAAUGGAAUUUUAGUUUCAGUUUAAAAAGGUGCUUGCAUUUCUAGUGAGGUGUUUUACGACCCCUAAAGAGAAAGUAAACAUACAAGGUUAGAAGAAUUGGACUGUUGCCUAGCAAAAGGGCCCAGAGAGGCAGGUCCCUCCCACAGAGACACACACACAAGGGAAACAGCAGUUGUUUUGGAAGCUGUUUGAGUACAGUUGAUUCUGAAAGUUGCUGCCAGGGGAGACUGGAGCAAAGCGGACAGAGAGCCAGUCCCAAGCUAAAGAAAAACCUCCCAAAAAACCAGGAGAGUGGAAGAGGGGAAAGUCCAAAGAAAACCGUCUAGUCAAAGGAAGGACAGAAACAUGGGGAAAGAUCCUGUUAAGUGAAGUUAAGAGUUAGGGGCAGAGAGAAAGGCUCCAAACUUCAGAUUUAAAGAGUCAAAAGCUACUGAAAGCAGAUUUAAAGCGAGAACAGCUUGUAAGAGUCAAGGAAGUCCCAAGAGACAACUGAAGUUCUGCAACUGUUUGCUAUGGGCUUGUGAAACAGUGGUACUGUUGUGUAUGUUGACAGCUGAGUCAGAGAGACAAAAUGUGUGGAAGACAGCUUGAAUGCACAUGGUGACCCAGGGAAGAGGA